UUUCAUAUUAUUUGAGAUAAUUUUUUUUAUUAGCCUUUUUGUGUGAUAUAUAUUCCUAGUUUUAAGGUAGAGAGAAGGUAUGGCAAAAUUUACGGCUUUUAGAAGCUGGUAUUUAAUUGGUUAACUUAACCAGCUGACGGUACCCAGCUUACCCCGUUGAAUGCGCGGGAAGAUUUGGAAGACAUGGCUGACGAUACCAUAAAUCCAGCAGAUUUGUUCAAAGUGUUGAUUGCUACUGAUAUCCAUCUUGGUUAUGCCGAGAAAGACCAAAUAAGAGGAAAUGAUUCAUUGGUUACUUUUGAAGAGAUUUUAGAAAUAGGCAAAAAUUACAAAGUUGAUUUUGUUCUUCUUGGUGGAGACCUAUUCCAUGAGAACAAGCCAUCAAGGAAAACCUUACAUGCUUGUAUGGCACUACUCAGGAAGUACUGCAUGGGUAACAAUCCAUGUCAAGUGGAAUUCCUGAGUGAUCAAUCUGUUAACUUCUCAAACAAUAGGUUUCCUGUUGUUAAUUAUGAAGAUCCUAACCUCAAUAUAUCCAUGCCAGUAUUCUCUAUACAUGGUAACCAUGAUGAUCCAGCAGGGGAUGGUAACCUAUGUGCAUUAGACCUGCUUAGUGUUUGUGGAUUGGUCAACUAUUUUGGAAGGCCGUCUUCUGUAGAUGACAUCACUGUAUCUCCUAUUCUUCUUCAAAAGGGCCCAUCAAAGUUAGCAGUGUAUGGGCUGGGGUCUGUUAGAGAUGAGAGACUACACAGAACAUUCCUUAACCAGAAAGUGAAAAUGCUGCGACCAAAGGAAGAUCAGGAUUCUUGGUUUAAUUUACUUGUUUUACAUCAAAACAGAGCUAAGCAUGGCCCAACUAACUAUAUACCAGAGAAAUUCUUGGACCCUUUCUUGGAUUUGAUCUUCUGGGGCCAUGAGCAUGAAUGUCUUAUUGAGCCAGUCCAUGCUGAGGAUCCCAAUUUGCCAUUUUACAUUACACAGCCAGGUUCUUCUGUUGCCACUUCACUUUCUCAUGGAGAAUCAAAACAAAAGCAUGUAGGGAUCCUGGAGAUCAAAGCUGACAAAGCAUUUCAGAUAACCAAAGUACCUCUCAAAACUGUCCGGCCAUUCUACAUGGAGGAUAUAGUUCUUAGUGAGACAAAUUUAGAUCCUACAGAGGAGCAGAAAGUCAUGCCUUUCCUCACAGAUAAGGUGGAACAGUUAAUAUCUAGAGCUGAGGAAGAACAUACAGGGAACAGACGACAGCCUAACAAACCUCUUGUACGGUUGAGAGUUGAGUACAGUGGUGGCUUCAGCUCAUUCAGCACACAACGAUUUGGACAACAGUUUGUGGACAGAGUAGCCAACCCAAAAGAAAUUUUAUUAUUUCAUAGAAAAAAGGAAGUCAAAAGAAAAGAUACUAGUGCUAUCAGACCAGAUGUAGAGGAAAGAAUGUUGCACCUUCGCCCAGAAGCACUAGAUAAUAUAAAAAUAGAAGACUUGAUUAAGGAGUACUUGACGUCUAAUGAUAAUGCACUAGGACUCUCAAUUCUGUCUGAGAACAAAAUGGCUCAAGCUCUACGUGAGUUCAUAGACAAAGAAGAAAAUGAUGCCAUUCAAACUCUGGUUAACUGGCAGCUGGAUGUGGCCCAGAGACACUUAAAACAAAGAAACAAUGUUAGAGGAGAUGAAAUAGAGACUGAAGCAAGGAGGUUUGUUGUGCUAAGAAGGCAGAGGGAAGAACAGAAGAAUGAAGAAGAGGAAAAAGAGGUCAGAGAGGUGUUGAAUAAAAGCUCAAGUAAAUCCAUUAAUAGAAAUAAUGAUGUUUUAAGUGAUGGUGAUUUAAGUGACAAUGACAGUUUAGUUGCCCAAGAUAGCAGAGGAAGAGGAAAGGGUCAAGGUGCUACCAGUCAGCGAGGGCGGGGAAGUAGAGGGGUUGCUAGGGGAAGAGGAGAAGGGCGUGGCAGGGGUAGAGGCUCACAAGGAGGAAGAGGAAAAAAGACGGCCCUUAUAACAGACUCUUUUUCACUUGGAUCAGGGAAGACCAAAGCAGAUGCAACGAUGAUAAGCAGCUCAGAUGAUGAUGAGGAGUUUAAUGCACCACUUUCAUCGCACAGAACCAGCACACAAAUAAAAGGUCCUUCAACUCCAUCUCACUCGAGUUUUAAAAAGAAAACCAUAGAAUACGAGGAGAGUGACGAUUCUGAUAACCCGUUCAGUUUAGAGCCACGCAACAAGAAAGUGCGAAGAUAGCCAACCCAUUGACGUCACCAGUACCACUUACUACCACGUGACAAAUGCCGUAAACAUUCGACGAAAAAUAUUCAUAUUUUGCUUAUUUACAUCAAAUGGGUCCAUGUUUUAUAAAGAGUAGAAAAAAGGAAACAGAAAAAUACUUUUAUUAGGUAAGAAGAUUUUAUUUUUAAGCAUUAAUUGAUUGUAAAUACAAAAUGUUUAUUCAAGCUGGCAUAAGUGUUUUAAUAAGUUAUUUGUCAAUGGUCUCGCAUGGUAGAGUGCACGCCAUAUAUCCGUGAAACAAAA